AUGAAGUUGAAUAAGAUGUCGUUUUGCGAACAGAUGGAAAAUGAUGACUAUGAACUUGUUAUGAUCACGUACCCGCCAACUUUUGACAUUAAAAAAUUAUCAACACUUCAAUACAACGUUAAAGGAAAGAAAGACACCGUCAACCCACUUGAAAAAACAAUGUAUCAAAGCGUGGUCCCUCUCAUCAACGAUAAAGGGAAACUUUUUACCAAAAAACCAUUUGUUGAUGGAUUUGAAGUUAUUGACGACUCAAAGCCAACAGAAGUGUUAGAAGACGAAGAGAUCGAUUUCUUCCAUUCAACCAAAGAGCCAAAGUAUCACCCCGUCGAUUGGGAUAAUUUGAAGGUUGAUCCUGUUCCAAGUUAUCCACUUACUAAUUUUGUAUACCACGGUGUAGUAUCUCCCCUCAACUAUGUUGCUGGUGAAACAUAUGUGAUUCAAGAGGAGACUAAAACAGAGAAGAAGAAGAAAGAAAAGAAAGACAAGAAAGAAGACAAGAAAGAAGACAAGAAAGAAGAAGACAAGAAGGUAGUCACCACAGACGAGAAGGAAGAGAAGAAAGAGAAGAAAGAGAAGAAAAAGCAUCGUUCCAAGAAAGACCGAACAGAAGGUGAUGAAAAAGAGACUAAACAUCAUCACCACCACCAUCACCACCACAGGAGUGGGAAGAGCAAGAAAGAUGAAAGCGAAUAA